UUUCUUCUCAUCUGCCAUUAGUCAGACCGCAAGCUUUCAGUCAAGAAGGGAAAACUCCUGUCCUUGCAAAAUCCAUUGGGGGUUGAGAAGACAUGAAUAGCUUCGGGUUAGGAUUGCUCAUUUUGAUAUGGAGAAUUUUCAGAUCCAUUGAAGGAGCUGCUGGAGACAAAUGUCCACCUCCUCCCACUGUUGAAUUUGCUAAAUCCUUUGCGAAGUCAUAUAAGGUGGGCACGAUAGUGAAGUAUGAAUGCGUAGAAGGGUACAAGAGAAAAAGCGGGGAGGCCAGAAACAUUCAGUGCCGCUUAAAUGAGAAGGGUUUCGCCCAGUGGACCACUGCAGCAUGCACAGUUGAUCCUACACUGCGUCUUCCUCCUGAACCUGAACAGCUCACAAGAACAGAGGAUGGGAGUGGCAGUUUGGACAGCCCCCCAACUACACUUCAGCCACAUAGGAAAGAUUUCUGUGGAGUCAUCAAAGUCCCAAAGCAUUCCAGGGCUUUGUGGGCAAACUACACAGUGGGGCAGCAACUGCAAUACCAGUGCAUGGAUGGAUACCAAGCAAGGCCUCCCAUCUCUAAAAUGAGCACGUGUCAGUAUUCCGGUGGAACAAUUGUUUGGUCCAAGUUAAGUCCAUGGUGCACAAAUGACACCACAUCUUUUGUCGAAGACACCACAUCUGUCAAAGAGGUCAUCACCCCAGAAAGAGGCACGUCAAAUGUCUCUGAUUUGAAAGAUGUGGGUUCUCGCCCUUCAUACGACACCAGUUUUGCCACCGCCUCAGCAGCUGUUUUUGCAAUCGCUGUGGCUUCCACAGUUGUCAUUUGAUGAGAAGGAGUCUUUAGCAAUCUGUGGAACUGGAGCAUAAUCUAACCAUGCCUGUUCAAUUUUAAGCAAAGGAAUUCUGCUGUGACCGGAUUGGAAUCACAGCUUGAGUCAUGUUCUUUCCUUCCACCUGCCUUCUUUAUUAUCAUUAUUUUUUUUAAUAUCCAGUCUGAUGAAAAGUUCCGGUGCACUCAAAAGCUUGAACAGCUUUGUGUCAUUUUUGUUGGUCUCAAUAAAAAGUUUUAAGAGGAUUGUGUUCAUGUUCGAUAUACAAAGUGAUUUCUCUUAACACCACUUCCAACCUAAAAACAUAUGAG